AUGCAUGCUCAAAAGAGGAGAAGAGGAGAACUAAUGGUUGCUCAGCUGAACGUGGAACAGCAAGCAAUCUCUGACUGUGUCAUGACUUCAGUCAAUGAUAACGUUUGUUCUUCUACAAACCAUCAGUAUUUUUUGGAUGGACCAGGUGGUACUGGAAAAACAUUUCUCUACAAUACACUGAUUAGUGGGCUUGAAGGACAAGGAAAAUCGGAAACAACAAGAUCAAAAAUAGAAGAGCACAGUAUUGAAGCAAACAACAUAAGGAAAGCCCGUCUGAUUAUCAUUGACGAGGUCACUGUGAUGACGUCAGUCGCUUCCGGUGGCAAAGUUUUGUUGUUGGGAGGAGAUUUUUGUCAGUGCCUUCCUGUCAUUAAACACGGUAAGAGGGUAAAAGUUGUUGAAUCUACCAUUAAAAGCAGCGGGACUUGGAGUGAAAUUUUUAAGUUCAGUUUGACUCGGAAUAUGCGAACCGCGGACGAUAGUUUCGAAUUUGCUAACUGGCUCAUUGAACUUGGAAAUUCAGCUCAUUCAAGAACUGCAGGUCUGGGACCAGAUGCGAUAGAGAUACCUCAGGACUUUCUUCUUAAUGAACAUUCAGAAGAGUCAUUGGUGUGUCAUGUGUUUGGUAACCCCGAAAAUCUACUGCAUUCAGAAACAGAAGAACACAUUAGCAAUCGGGCUAUUUUGUGUCCUAAAAACGACGACUGCUUAAAGAUCAACAAUUUCAUCAUAAGACAGAUGCCAGGACACCGACGAAGGUAUGCCAGCAUGAACUCAAUUGAUUCGGAAGACCCAGAGGAAAUUGCAAACUUCCCAACCGAGUUUCUUGACACCUUAAAGGUAUCAGGGAUACCACCGCACAUUUUGGAACUAAAAGUGGGUUCAAUAAUCAUCCUUCUUAAAAACAUCGAUUCGCGUCAAGGGCUGUGCAAUGGAACUCGUUUGAUAAUGAAAAGUCUAACGGGCAACCUCAUUCAUGCAACCAUAGCAGCAGGAAAAAUAAAGGCCACAAUGUCUUCAUCCCACGAAUGA